CCUUGUUGAGUGUGUAGAGUUCAGUCAGUGAUGGGUUAAAUAAGCGCGAGCUGAAGGGCUCAUCAUAUCUGAGGAAGCAGGAGGAAACGCGCGCGCUCAACAUUUGCGCUCCGGUCCUCCAGCACGCGCAGGAACCCGCGCAUCACUCUGAUCGCUUCAGCUCUGUGUGGAUGUGUCUGUAACACCGACAGCCUCAGAUUCAGAUUCGCAGAGAGCUGCUGGUCUCUGACGGGUCCAUUUGGAUGCUGGACCCCGGAGCCACGUCCUUCCCAACAGGCUGAGCACGAAGCCCGGCCAUCACUGGAUAUAAAUGACAGAUCCAAGAGUGUGUGACUUCAGUGCACCGAACCAGAGGCUGCAUGGGAGAUGAACGCAGCCGCCAAACAUCAGCCUGAUCUGCUAGAGAGACCCGCCAGCCUCCUGGUGCCAACAUGGACAAAAACCGGACUUGCCCUUUUGUACGACGAACACACAAGUAACACAUACGACGUUCGUUUAAAGUUAAUGAAAGAGCUGUUAAUCAUACAGAAGCAGGAUGUGGUUUGUGUGAGCGGCGCUGACUCCCAUCUAAAUCACAGAACUGUUGUACUUCGAAGACAGCUGACUGGAGGUCUCGGUCUGAGUAUCAAAGGGGGAGCAGAACAUAAAGUGCCUGUGGUCAUCUCAAAGAUUUUCAAAGAUCAAGUAGCCGAUCAGACGGGGAUGCUGUUUAUCGGCGAUGCCGUGUUGCAGGUCAAUGGCAUUAACGUGGAGAAGUGUACACACGAGGAAGUCGUUCAUCUUUUGCGGACGGCAGGGGAUGAAGUCACCAUCACUGUACGCUAUCUCAGGGAAGCGCCGGCCUUCUUAAAACUCCCAUUAGGUUCACCCGGACCGUCCAGUGAUCAGAGUAGCAGGGCGUCCUCGCCGCUUUUCGACAGUGGUUUGCAUUUAAAUGGGAACUCGAGCAACACGGCCCCGUCGUCGCCCUCCUCACCUUCGGCUAAUGAACCAAAGUAUGAGAAGCGCUGGCUGGAUGCCGUCAGCCUCCCUCUGUUCAUGGCUCGAAUCUCUCGACGCAAAGCUGGAACCGACAAAUUAAGAUCGAACAGUUUUGAAGUCAUUGCCUUAGAUGGAGUUUGCACGCACGUUCUUCAGUUUUGCACUGCAGCAGAAAGCACAGACUGGCUUCAAGCAAUAUCAACCAAUAUCAACGAUUUGACCCAGGAGAGCAUAAAAACGGCGAAUAAAUACUGUUCUCCUGAUGAUCAGGUCGUCCACAUGGGCUGGGUGUGUGAACACCUGCAGGGCGGCGACGUCGAGCUCCUUCACAGCUGCAGGUUCCUGGCUCUGAGAGGAUCUUCUCUCCUCGUCUUCAGGAGUCCUCCUAUCUUGGCAUCAGACUGGGCUCAAGCAGAGGCUAGUUUUCACCUCUGUGAGGUUCUCUUUAAGGUUCAUAAGCUGUGGAUAGCUGAAGACUGCUGGAUACAGAGCAGGCUGUAUCUGGGGCUCCAGCAGGACGGUGAGCUGCGGGACAGUGAACCCUUCUGCUUCAGUGUGCUGGUGGGUCACGGACAGAGCUUCUGCUACAGCGUGGAGCUGGGCUCAGAGCUGGUGCUGUGGGAGAAAGCCUUCCAGAGAGCCGUCUUCAUGGAGGUGCAGAGAGUCCGGUCGAAGAGCUACAUGUGCAGCAGUCAAGGGAAGAUCCUGUGCUUCACACUCGACUUCGAGUCGGGCUUCUCCUGCUCCGAAAGCAUCUCAAAGUCUUUCGACCUCAAACUCUUGUAA